UUGUUGGGAACGCCCCGCGCGCGGAUUGGCUCCUUGCCGUGACCCGUCGCCGGCUGCGGUGGCUGCUGGGAGGAAGAAAACAUGGCGGCCGGGCCCAGUAAGACGGAAGUUCAAACCCUGUUCAAGCGGCUGAGGGCAUUGCCGCCCAACAAGUCCUGCUUUGACUGCAGCGCAAAGAACCCAAGCUGGGCCAGUGUUACAUAUGGAGUGUUUCUCUGUAUUGACUGUUCUGGAGUUCAUAGGUCUCUCGGUGUGCAUCUCAGCUUCAUCCGGUCUACAGAGCUUGAUUCCAGUUGGACCUGGUUUCAGCUGAGAUGUAUGCAAGUGGGAAGUAAUGCUAAUGCGAUUGCUUUUUUCCGCCAGCAUGGUUGCACCACUACAGAUGCCAGUGCCAAGUACAAUAGCCGUGCAGCUCAGACGUACCGGGAGAAGAUCCGGCAGUUGGCAAGUGCUGCCAUGGCCAAGUAUGGGAAUGAUCUUUUAAUUGAUGGGCUGAGUGGAACUCCAGGCCACUCCCCAGAAAAGAGUGAUGCUGAUUUCUUCCUAGAACAUACACAGGCUUGUAACACAUGGGACGUGACUGAGAUAGGCCAGGGCAUGACAGAGGCUUCACUGGAGCUGGAGAAAGCAUCAAAACCACCUGAAAACAGUGAAGAAGCCCUACAGUCUGAUCAUGGUCCUUCUAUUGAUUUACUGAGCACUUCUCCCAAGGGGCCUCUUGAAAUAAAACCUUCCCUCAUUGGAAAGAAGAAGCCUGGGGCUACAAAGAAAGGGCUGGGAGCCAAAAAAGGCCUUGGAGCACAAAAAGUGAGCAGCCAGAGUUUCACUGAAAUUGAACGACAAGCGCAGGUGGCUGAGAAACUGAAGGAGCAACAGGCUGCGGAGUACAAGAAGCAAGCAGAUGAAUCCUUAGUGGCCUCCAUGAGACUGGCAUAUCAAGAGCUACAGAUUGAUCGGAAAAAGGAAGAGAAGAAACUUCAAAACCUGGAAGGGAAGAAGCGUGAGCAGGCAGAGCGGCUGGGCAUGGGCUUGGUGUCCAGGAGCUCUAUUUCUCACUCUGUCCUCUCUGAGAUGCAAGUGAUAGAACAAGAAACGCCAGUGACUGCAAAGUCCACACGGUCCCAGCUAGAUCUCUUUGAAGACACCGGAAGCUUCACAUCUGGACCACCAAAGUACAAGGAUAAUCCCUUUUCAUUAGGUGAUGCCUUCAGCUCACAGUGGGAGACAGACAACUCCUCUUGGGGGAUGGACAAAGGGGAAGAGGAGGCAGACAUUGCCAUCUCCAGCAUCCGGCCUAUUGGUGACAGACCCAUUAACAGAAGAGAGACAGAGAGCAAGAUAUCGGUAGUGGAGUCCAAUGAAGCUCGGCAGAAGUUUGCAGGGGCCAAAGCCAUCUCAUCUGAUAUGUUCUUUGGACGGGAAGCUGAUGCUGAAUAUGAAGCCAGAUCUCGACUCCAGCAACUUUCAGGCAGCAACGCCAUCAGUUCUGCUGAUCUCUUUGGAGAAUCUGAGGCCAUGAACUCGGGUGGUGUGUCAAUUGGAAAUGUACUGCCUGCUGCUGAUAUUGCCCAGUUCAAGCAAGGAGUGAAAUCUGUUGCUGGCAAGAUGGCUGUUCUGGCCAAUGGUGUGAUGAACUCUCUCCAGCCUGUUCACCUGGAUAACGUGGACAAGAUCCUUGGAGCUGUGAGGGCGACCACUUGUGCCAUGGAUCCUUGCCCUUCUUAGCUUAUCAAAUCGGCCAGAGGAGGAUUGGGCGAUUGGUUUGAUCGGUAUGGUUCAUAUUGAUGAUUCAGGGGAAUGUGCAUCUCAUAGCUGCUGUUGAAACACCACUUGCCCCUUGAGCUCACCUGGAAAAAUUCAAAAGGAUUAUUUUUCAGCUGAGCAUGAUUGGGGGCUGCUUGCAAACAGAAGGAGAAAUGGACAUGGCUGGCAUUUGCUCAAAAUCUCUGUGGACAUUGUUUUGUAAUAGACAGAAGUAUUCCUUCAAAAUCCAGCUUCCAGUAAAUGGAGUUCAUGGGUCCUUCCAGAGAACAUCCCUCUGUGGUUGUGCCACUGACACUGGGCCAUGGUGGAGCUGCUCUUUGUGCUUUUAAACUGCUCCCUGGUUGCUGUUGGUGUAAUGCAUGUUGUGGAAGCAGGAGGUCAUCUUUAAUACACUUCACAUUUCUGCAUUGGGAGAAAGGGCAGUAAGCAGUGCACUGCUGGGGAAGUGCCUAGCAUUCAGGCUGUCCUCUAGAACAAGGGGAAGUUCCCACUUCUGCCCAAGAUAAUUCUUACUGCUUCUAUGAACUGAUGUGACAGAUGUAGCCCUUUUGAGGACUAUGACUUAAAAGACAAAACCUAAAACAAGCAGUAACAGGUCAUGACAUGUUUGGGCUUAGAAAAUCCUCACUGUAUUGUGCAACCAUGGCAGAUGGCUGGAGAAUUAUACCCCACUACGGCACCACACCGCCAUGGAAAGAGUGGGAAGGAAGGGGCGAUCAUCAGAUGUGUCGUUUCAUGUAACCUGGCUGCUUUGCCUCAUUGGUGGCUUCUGAUUUUUUUUUUAGAUCUUUAAGGAAAUUGAGAAUGAAAUGAGUGAGUCGUUAUCUCUUACUCUGCUCACUUGCACACUAUUUCCAUCAUGCAACCAUUGCUACUCUGCCCUCUCUUCUUUUGACUUGCCUGGAUGUCACAGCCUUUCUGUGUGCUUGUGUGAAGAAAGGAAGUAGGUUCAAGAAAUGCUUCUCCUUUUCAAGUUUGAUUGCUGUCCCUUUGCUACUUCUAACCUAGAGUUCUAGGAUUUUUCUCAAACCAGGCCAGUUCUACUUCUGUUGGUGAAAGAGGAGCUGAAGCAGGUUUAAAAUUAGUGCCCCUUUCCAUAUUUCAAGGCUACUUUCCCACUUGGGUGAAAGCAUUCUACCCUGAGAACACCCUGUUGCGUCUGCAUGCUUUAUCCUGUCUUGGAGUUGGUUAUACUUUUCCACUGUAAGUGGAAUAUUCUCAAUGCACUGGAGCGCUAAGCCCAUGUGAAACAGAGCUUGCUGUUGUAACCAUUUUGCACUUAACAUUGCAUGAUUCAUGCAGUUGUGGGUUCAUCUUGAAGCUUUCAUCAGUCUGCUGUAUUCUAUAGAGUACGAAACCAUUAAAUGGGGAGUGACCACUAGCAGUGCAGUGGAGCAAUACCUUGGAUUUCAGUAAGAUCCCCUGGCUGGAGAGGGUGUGAGCUUACCAGUGUAGCUUGACUUUUUUUUUUUUUAAGAAACUGCGUUGCCCACUUUCAUAUUCAUUAGUAUUUGUUAGUGCAGUUGACCUCUCGUGCUUCCUAAGAAGGUAAAUGUCUGCAUGGAUUUGCUGGAAAUCUAGGCUCUGCUCCACUUUUCAGUUUUUGCUCCCUCAGUUCUGAAAAUGCACUGUUUGACUAUUGCAAAUUUGUCUUAAAGCACUUGCUCCUUUCUUGGGCAAAAGAGUUGCAGAACUUCAGUUUGGCCCAUUACUGUCUACUCGGAGAUGGGAAGAGGGUUCUCUUCUUGGGCUUCAUGUACUUUGAGUUAAUGGUAGUAUUAAUGAGCUUUGUGUGGCCAGGGUUGGGACUCUGCUGUUUGGGGGUCUGAAGGGGAGUGAUGUAGGUUUCCCCCUCAACCCCUCAAGUGAAUAAAAUCAAAUACCUGUGUGUUCAA